AUGUCGCUGGGUGUUUCGGUCAUGGGAGACGCGAGGUGGGCGUGGAGCAGCUGUGUGAGCGUGGAGCAGCGAAACCAUGAGCUUCAUGGACAUGAUUUCAGUCUUCGACUUCAGGACGUGCAGGCCAUGUAUUUCACGGCUCUUUGGAAGCUCCGGCUCCUCGCGAUGUCGGCGCCCAGCUCUGUCGCCUCCUCGCCGCCGCGGAGCACGCCGCAUGUGCCCAGCUUUCGACCAGAAGAGCUGAUUGAUGCCCACCAGUCCGAGGACACCAUCCGCCGGAAGCUCUUCCAGACAUAUGAGGAGCCGCCGCCCACGGUGCGGGCGCCCCCGUGGCGGUCUACGUUGACCAGUUCCUGCCGAGGAGAGGAGGAUGGGACAAACCCAGAGGCCUUGGGCCACAUCACCCAGGAGCUGCAGCAGGCCAAGGCACAACUGGAGGAGGAGCGAUGCAUCUCUCGGAACUUGGUGGCUGAGCGGAAGAACUUGCACUCUCAGGUGUGUAAAGCCCAAAGUGACUAUCAGGCGUUGAGCCAGAAGCACCAAAAUACACUCUUGGGCUUGGAGCAGAUGUGUAUCCAGCUGGGUGAAGCGAAGAAGAAGGAGGAGCAAGCCAAGUGCAUGGAAGCGUCCCUGAGGACCCUCCAGGCGGUCUCUGCCAAACUCGGUGAUGCCGGACACCAUGAGUCGCUGGAGGCCCUGCGCUGUGGGCUGACAUCAGUGCUUUCGGAGUACAAGCCUGCCGACAAGGCCUUCACUCCUCGAGGGAAGCGCACCACGUCUUCACGAGUUCAGGAGACGCCCGAGGCACGGCAGAUCCUGGCGAAGCCCCACUUCGAUGGGCAAUACCUCUCUGCUGCGAAGCUGCCAGUGGAAGGCACCUCCACACCAAGUGCCAGGGCCGAGGGCGAGGGCGAGGCCACAGGUGACUUGCUUCCGCCACCGCCCAGCAGCAAAUGUUGGGAGUGGCCGCUGUCGAAGCCUGAGAAGCAAGAGCGCGUGGCGAUGAUCGACGCGCAGCUCUGGCGCUAUGAACAGACGGGUCUCAUUGAGCAGGUGGAGAUGCUUCAGGGCCUAUGUGCUCAGCAUGGUGUGGCCAUUGCACCGGGCUUUGAGGAUGAGAUUGUCAGCACGGCGAGCUCUGAAUCCGUCUGACGAGCUGAAGAGCGUUCAGGCCGGAACCGCCUGAACCGGCCGAAUGCGGACGAAUGGCCUUGACGGAUCGAUCCGAGCGCCAAUGCCUUCAGCCAAUGCCUGGCCAAUGUCGCAGAGUCACAAGCGGGAAAGACUUGAGGACUGAAAAAACCACCUGGG